AUGAAAUCGAACCUUAACCGCUCUUGCAAAAUGAAAUGUGAUUUUGAUUGCACAUCUCUUCAUGCUGGGUUUGCACCACUGAAAAGUGCUGCGGAGAAAGCAAGACUGGAAAAAUCCUGCCCCUUGAAUUAUGAGGAAUGCUUUUGUAAAAGCUCUGCAGGAGAACAUCAGAAAAUGCUCCUUAGUGACUCAUACCAUGCAGCCACCAGAAAUACAGAUCUUGAAGAUGCAGAAAGACCCAUACAUAACAAAGAAAAUAACCAAGUAAUCCAGAGACUUGGUGAAGGUAUCUGUGAAAUAGAGGCAAUGGAAAGCAGUAAACUUCAUGAGGACAGUGGUUAUUCUUCUAUGUUAAGUACUCACUAUGCAGAUGCAAUAGAACAUGAGGAUAGUUUACCUUUGGCUGGGAAUCUCUGUGGUACACCAAAUCAUUGUCUUAUGAAGAACCAAAACCAAAAACAGUUUUCAAAGAAGACACUGUUGCCAAUAAUCCAUUAUGAAGAAGUGGUUUGCUCAACUUUGAAAAAAAAUGGUAAAAGAAAUCUCAAGUCUUGGGCUGCUGUAGACAGAAUUGUUUCUAGGGGAAAAGUUGAACUUUGUAACUUGAUUGGAAAGAAAAUGGGGCUGGAUAGAAUAGACAUUCUUGCUGAACUCUUCCAAAAGGACCUGAAGCAUAUAUUAGCAAACAUUUUAAGGCAUCUCAGCGAGAUGGAUUUAGUAAAUUUUGCCAAAGUCAGCACAACAUGGCAGAAGAUUCUACAAGAAGAUAAAUGGAUUUUCCAAAUGUAUAGCAGAGCUGUGAAAAACCUUUCUAAUGUCACUAAAGCGCCAGAAAAUGUUGCAACAAGAGAGUACGUUCUCUACAGAGUGUCCUUAGCUUCCAUUCAGAAAGCAACCCCACCAAAAUACUUGAACAAAAAAAGCACCAGACCCAAAGCAUCUAGGAAUCACAGCAGACUCACAGAGUUUUCUGAGGCUGCUAGGAACUUGAAAAACACUGAAAGCCUUAAAGCCUGCCAUCGCUGUGGCUCACCUGCCAAGUAUGACUCCUACCUCCAAAGAGCAACGUGCAAUCGUGAAAGCUGUGGCUUUGACUUUUGCACUAAGUGCAUGUGCAGCUACCACAGCUCCAGUGACUGUGUGAGCAGCAAACCAGUGAAACACACUUCUAAACCAGGGCCACUUCCUGGGACUAAGAAAAGCAAACAGAAUCUAAAGAGAUUGUGA